GUUCGAAAAUAGAAAUGCAUGUGCAAGACAUACGGCUCUAGUGGGUCCCAUGGCUCCUCUUUUCCGAAGCUGAAAGCAACCAGAUUCUUUUCCCCCUUUCUGUAUUCCUAUAAUAGCCUUUGGUUCAUUCAACCUCUCCGAUCUUACCUUUCUGCUAACAUCACAAUGAACUUGAACAGUUUUAAAAUCUGUGCAUAAUUGAAGAAAAAGAUAAAGAAAAAGAAAAUUACAACCCCACCAUACUCAUCCUCUGUUCUCUUGCUGCUCCUCCCAAGCCCUAGGUUUUCCUCCUAACCAAACACCACCAUAAAGGAAAAAUCAAAAAAUAAUAGACAUAGAAAGAAUAGAAUUUGAUAAUUUCUUGGUCCAUUUUUAGAUCCCAGUUUUAUUAUUUUUUUUUAAAUUAUUCUUUUCCUUUUUGGUGGGUUGUUGGUUGAGAUUGUUGGGCUACUGAAAGAAUAAUAACAAAAACCCCAGGGUUUAAGUUCAAGAUGUCAGCAGGGGUAUGCGGGAAGAGGGUGGGAUUUGAGGAAAUCUUCGGAUCCUCAUCUUCUUCGGCUAAGAGAUCCAGGUGUUCUGGUUUUCGGUCUCCCACCCGAUCCUCUGAAUUCGGGUCCGGAUCCGAGGACACCGUAUUUUCUUUGUUGCAAAUGUUCCCUGCUUUGGAUCCUGAGUUGGUAAAAACUGUUUACAGGAACCACAACAAUAAGAUUGAUGAUGCAAUUCAGACUUUAAUGAAAUUUUCAUUUGGUGAUGAUGCUGAAAGAAAUAAAUCACAGAGCUUUGAGUCUGGUGCAAUUGGAAAGUGUGAUGCUGUUCCUGCUCUAAGCACUACUACUUGUCUUCAAAUGUCAGAAGAAGGGGUUCAAAGUUUGAAAGCAACUAAAGAUUAUGAAAAUGCUGUAGAUGGCCCAAAGUGGGUGGAUAUAUUUGUGCAGGAGAUGAUGAAUGCAGCAGAUCUGGAGGACGCUAGAAGACGUGCUGCUCAAAUUUUAGAAGCUUUUGAAAGAAGUAUAACUGCACAGUCCCGUGCAACAGAACUGCCAGAGCAUGCUUCAAUGAAGGAGCAUCUUCAAAGUUUACUAAAUGAUAACCAAAUCUUGAAGAGAGCUGUUGCCAUCCAGCACGAACGUAAUGUAGAACAAGAGGAAAAGACAAGGGAAGUGCAAAAUUUAAAGCUUUUGUUAAAUCAGUACCAAGAGCAAAUCCGAAGUUUAGAGCUAAACAACUAUGCCUUGAAACUCCAUCUUCAAAGGGCACAACAAAGUAGCUCUAUUUCGGGAUUCUUUAAUCCAGACAUAUGUUGAGGUUAUUUUGGUGUCAUGAGCUCCUCAAUACGUGAUGUAUUCUUUCUUCCUCCUGUUUUAGUUUUUUUCCCAAUUUAGUUAAUGAAAAAAAUAUUAAGAUUUACAUGUGUUUGUACUAAAGUUGGAAGUUAUAUGUAUAAUUUAGGCCUAAUAAACUUUAGCAGCUUGCUUGAAAUUUCAGUUUUUUUUUUUAAUACAGAAUUUUGAGUGCAGAAUUGUUUUGAGAGCUCA